AUGUUGCCAGCUGGUGUUAUUUUGGUCUUCGUCUUGGUUGGUUUGGCCGCCAUCGCUGUUAUUGGUACUAUCAUGUACAGAAAAUGGCAAGCUAAGCAAAGAGGUUUGCAAAAGUUCUAA